CUCAAACAUACACGCCGCUCUUGUGUUCCACCUCAACACCAACACCGCCACUACCUUUUGAUCGGUCAGCCACAGCCUCUCCCCAUAACAUAACUGUAGACUGUCCACAAUCAUGGCUAUGGAUACAGAUGCCAUCCCGAACCUUCUGGGCGACGCGCGGGACGAGGCACCGGAGGAGCUACAGGAGUACUUCAUCGCUUUUGAGGACUUUUGGGAGCGGAAGCUAUGGCACGAACUGACAGAUAAGCUUAUCGAGUUCUUCGAUCAUUCCGGGAGUGCAAAACAGCGGAUACCCUUCUUUGAAAACUUCAUCAAAACAUUCGCCAACAAGAUCAACCAGCUCAAGCUCGUUACCUUGGGUUUGAAUGCUGCAUCACAAUACCAGGAUGACAAGGAGCGCCUCGCAUUUGUCAACGAACUGGCAAAGAGCGUCAACAAGCCAGCCUCACAAGACGCAUACGUAUACGCCACAGUCGCUGCUGCCAGCAUACAGCUACGGUUACGGGACGAGGAGGGUGCGAAGAAGAAGCUCGACGAGUGUGAGCAGAUAAUCGACCAGUUCGACUCAGUGGAGACUGUUGUCCAUGCCUCGUUCUACCGUGCAAGCGCCGAGUACUACAAGUCGAAGCAUGAGUUCGCCGCAUACUAUAAGAACGCAUUGCUUUUCCUUGCCUGUGUCGACCUCAACGACCUCGAACUCCGCGAGCGCCAGUCCCGCGCAUACGAUCUCAGCAUUGCUGCGCUUGUCUCCGACUCCAUCUACAACUUCGGAGAAUUGCUGCUGCAUCCUAUUCUCGACUCACUGGUCAACACCCCACAUGCAUGGCUGCGCGAUCUUUUGUUCGCCUUCAACCGGGGCGACCUAAUGGCCUACGAUGUCCUCUCGAACAACAUUACAAAGGUUCCGCUUCUCAAGGAGCACCAGACCUUUCUCUACCAGAAGAUCUCUCUCUCCGCUCUUACAGAGACCGUCUUCCGCCGCCCACCACACGACCGCGCCAUGACAUUUUCCGAGAUCUCCCAAGAGACCAAGGUACAGCCAAACGAGAUUGAGCAUUUGAUCAUGAAGGCGCUGAGCUUGGGCUUGUUGAAGGGUCAGAUUGACCAGGUAGCAGAGAUUGCGCGCAUCAACUGGGUACAACCAAAGGUGCUGGACAUGAAGCAGAUUGAGGGUAUGAGGACACGGCUUAAGGAGUGGGAUGCCAGCGUCAACCAGCUAGGCAACUGGAUCGAGGGUGUAGGCAAAGACGUCUGGGCUGCUUGAGCGGGGCAUGAUCCCAGCUUGUCACGCCCAUCUUAUAUCUUACUGGAAAAAGAAGGGGACAGUCUCCAGUCCACUGAGGUAUGCCACCUCGUAGCUGCAAACGAGACUCACUGUGUAAUCAUAGAUAAUCGGCGUCAUAGUCUGACACGAUUGACGAAUGAAAGGACUCAUCAUGACACGAA